AUGUCGGCCAGAGGCGGCGAAAUAGGAACAGGUACGAGGAGACCAUCCGACCACAAGAGAAGAACAUCGUCGACAUCUGUGCUUCAAAAACAAAAUUCCAGCAAGAGUAGAGCAACAACCGACGGUAAUAGCAGCAAACCCACCAAGUGCGCAACAUAUACAUGCAGUUUCAAGAGAUCAUCACAGUUAUCUUCGUCGUCUGCAAUCAGAUACCUCAAACUUCUCGGUGGAAAGAUGGUGGCAGCUCUCCGAAUGAUGUCGCCCAAGAGAAGCCGGAAAGUUACCUCCUCAGAAACCACGCCCAAGCCGCCGGCGCUUGAUUCCCACAGAGCUGAGGCCAUCCACGACUGCAUCCAGUUCAUCAACGACUCUUCUUCCUUGCCUAGAUCCAAUUCUGUCUCGUGCCAAGGUCACCCUUAUGCAAGGCGAUUAUCAGGAAAUGAAGUCGAAUUGGUGGAAAAUUUGUCAGCGAUGCAUGUGAAACCACGAGAUAUUUUAACGUCGGUGAAGAUGCAAAAUCCGGAUAAUGUUUCCAUCACAAAAACCAUAUACAAUGCACGCCAAAAAUUCCGGAUGAUGGAUAAUGCAGAUGAGUUAGAAGAUUUAUUCUUCGUUCAUCCUAAAUCUAUGGAGAAGUGGCGUGCAUUUCCACAUGUCCUGUUGAUAGAUGCAACCUAUAAGACAAAUAGGUACUCGAUGCCUCUCGUCGAAAUGGUUGGUGUAACUUCGACCAACAUGACAUUUUGCAUAGCGUUCGCCUUCAUGCACAAAGAGAAUGAGUCCAAUUAUACUUGGGCAUUAAAUUGUCUCAAAGCCACAAUUGAGGGAUGCAUUACCCCGCGUGUUAUCGUCACGGAUCGAGAGUUGGCAUUGAUGAAAGCAUGUGUUUUUGGUUAUAUUGAUGAUAAUUGGCUGCAACCGUAUAAAGAAAUGUUUGUAUCUGUUUGGACUGAUCGAUAUCUCAAUUUUGGAAAUCACACCACGAACAGAGUUGAGAGUCAGCAUGCCAAGUUAAAAAAAUACUUGGAGUCAUCGCAGUCAGAUUUGGAGACAUCAUUGGUUUAUAUCGACAGAGUCAUUCAGUCACAGGACACAUCCAUCAAAGCAAGUCUUGAACAAAGCAAAAUUUUGAUUCGACAUCGGUUCAACACGUCACAUUUUCAAGAAUUGCGAGGAUUUGUGUCUAUUCAUGCACUGAAUCUCAUUUUUAAUGAGUUUGAGAGGUCACGGGCUGGCGGGAUUACUUUUGAAAAUUGUGGAUGUCGAUUGCGAACAAGUUGCGGGCUUCCAUGUGCACACGAGCAGGUAACAUAUUUUAACUGUGGUAAGCCUAUCCCACUUGAUUCGAUUGAUAUCUUUUGGAGGAAGCUCGACUUAUCAUCUUCCAUCUCUCUAACCAAUGAAGAUUUUGGUGUUGAGCAUGAGCUUCAUAUGUUUAAGGAUCAGUUCAAGAAACAAUCAAGAACCGGUAAAUUCAACAUAUUGAGAAAGUUGAGGGAGUUGAUCGCGCCAUCUACAACUUCGAUCCGUGAGCCACCCGUGCAAAUAAAUGUUCGUGGGCGUCCCACUUCAAAAAACAAAUCUCUCAUAAGAACUCUAUCUCUCAGAAAAACUAAAGCCGAGCCAAAUAAUAUUCAAUUUCAAGAACAAGCUCGGAAUAGUUGUUCAGCUGCACCAACUUCAGGUGAUAGACACUUUUACCAUCCAUAUAUGCUUCAACUUCCGGUUAUAUUCCAUCCUUUUAUCAUGCAAGUGCAAGAUGUGAAAUCUGAUGGAAACUGUGGAUUUCGAGCCGUAGCUCUCUGUCUCGGUUUUAAGGAGGACGAAUGGUUCAAAAUUCGAUCCAAUUUAAUCGAAGAACUAGAGUCUCACACAAUGGAAUAUACCGAUAUGUUUGGAACUCAAGGAUGGUAUAAUGCCUAUAACAUGUUGAAUUUUUUUGCACAAGAUCGGUGUGCACCAGUUGAGCACUGGAUGACUAUGCCGGAGAUGGGUGUACUAAUUGCUUCCGGAUACAAUGUGAUACUAUAUGUUUUGAGUAUGGCCGGCAGUACAACAUAUUUACCACUUCGAUCUAGCCCACCACCUUGGUACGAGCAUGUAGCAAUAACCCUUGGUUAUGUUAAUAAUAACCAUUAUGUCAAGGUAACAUUGACAGGAGGGUACCCAAUGCCUACAAUUGCUCCACAAUGGGCUUAUUUUAGAUAUGAUUGUGCAAAUGCAUGGAUGACUCCAUAUAUGAAUAGGAUUGAAAGUUACAAUGAGCAUGUACGCUCUAAUUGUACUCGGGAAAUGUUAUAUUAG